CAUGGCUCCUCCCUACUACUCCCCGUGAAUCGGAAUGAUGUCUACUUUCCUCAAGAGCUUCCUGUCCUUGACGGUCUUCCUCUUUCUUCAUGCUUCCGCCAAAAAAGGGCACUACACGAGAGACCACUGCAAUAAGACGCUGGACAUAAACAAUAUGGAGGUGUCAAGCCCGGAGGCAAACCCUCGGAAUAAGGACCGACCGGUGACCUGUUGGUACCGAUUCAUCCCCUUUGACCCCAAGCAGGUCAUCUACAUCAGAUUCAAGAAGUUCAAGGUCGGAGCACUCGAGAAUGGAACCUAUUGCGCUGGUGGAUACGUUCGGCUGAUUGAUCGAGGUUUGGGAACGGAUGGACCAGAUUUUUCUCGUCCGGAUGAAGCCGGAGAUUUCUGUGGGGAGAUCGAGCACAACAAAGUGUUCAUAUCUGAGAACAAUCACGUCACCAUGCUCUUUCACGUUGAUAGCUUCGAUCACAACUCCUAUUUCCUUCUCGAAUGGAAACCGGAGCAUCAGAAGAAUUUCCACAAGAGGUUCGGCCCAAGACCCGAGUUCUACCCUCAACGACGGGGCCAGCCUGUGGACGAGACCUACUGCGAGAAAGUGUUCGCGAACUGCCGUGACGAGACUUGCUACGUCCAGUCCCCUGGUUAUCCUGAGGUCUACCUGAGGAACCUGCGGUGUCGGUAUCACAUCACGUCGGUAACUCCGUUCGCCCGCCUUCGUCUUCAAGGCGAAUACAUAAACAUAGACGGGCAACGAUGCGAGGACAUCAUCAUGUGCCCCACCCGACCCAUCUCCACGGAUUGUCCCUUCGAUUACCUGAGGAUCUACGACGGGAGGACGGAGAAUGCUCGAAUGAUCGGCACUUUCUGUGGCAUGGGCAGGUUCCCCCACGAUAUUGUCGGUUCCAGCAGUCACCUGUUGGUCGAAUUUGUUUCUUCCUACGCCGGGCCUCUUCUGAAUACGGGCUUCCAUUUCACCGUGGACAGUGUGAGACACGGGAGCUUGGAAAUGCCUGGAAAGAACCUGGAUCCUCCUUCCUGCAAUUGGGUCUUCUCGAGCCAAGACGUAGAGAAGGCCAAGGAAAGCGAGGGAUUCUUCUUUGGGUUGUCCCAUUGGUAUCCGCCUGACACGAAAUGUUCUUAUUUGAUCAAAGGCCGACCGAACGAGAUCGUGAGGCUAUAUUUCCCCAAUCUACGAAUCAAAACUCCCUCUGCUCCCAUUAUGAAGACGGGGGAAGACUGUGUGGAAUUCCUUACCAUCUUCGACUCUACUGAACCAGAGCCAUCCAAGAUUCUCAAGAUGUUCUGCGACACCUACUCGAAACCCUUGGAAAAUCACGACUUCGUGUCUUCGGGCAACGCACUACUUGUCCAAUUUGAAAGUUUGAUUGGAAGUUACGAGUCCCCAUCCAUAGAAUUGUGGGCUCAUUUUGACUUCUUUCAGGAUCUCCAUUACGGCGAACCUGUCCCACAUACCUUGUGCGAUGAGGUGUUUGCGGACAAUGGUCGGCCAACGGGGGAAUUCGCAUCUCCUCCGAAUACCUUAGUCUAUAAACGGGGAGAAGACUUUGGCUGUACGUAUAAAUUUGUAGCGGAUGGGAGAAGACACAAACGAGUCAAGAUCGUCUUGGACAUGGUAUCAUUUGGUCGCAGCGAAACGCCCUGUUUCGACUGCGAAACAGAUAGAAGGGAUAAACUGAUCCUUUGGGAUCCUUCCUCGACUAUGAAAUCCCAGAGAAUCUGCCUCUGUGAGAACCUAGAAAAACCGUUGGUCUUCUUCAGUGUCGGCCACAAGGUCUUCAUCAACUUCCAAGUCGACCACCGAAAUGCUUUAGUGAACUACUUCAAAAGAUCCACUCCUGUGUUCAAAGGGAACUUCAGCUUCAUCCACGGACCGGAAUGUGGCCCCACGAAUUACCUAUCUAGACCCGAAGGUCGUCUCGAAUAUCCUCAGGUCGAAGGGCAGCCUUUCGACUGGCAUAAGAAAGAAGUCCUUUGCGUGUGGGAGAUCCAGGUCACUCGAGGUCGGAAUCUAUGGCUGUAUUUUAAAGAAAUCAAGCUCACGACUCAAGACUGCAUGGUGGAGGCCAUCUUCAUCUACCUUGAAGACUGGAAUCCUUGGAUGAUCUUUUGUCAGAAUCUAACUAAUAUAGAAGUGCCGAUAAUUCCGUCGGAGAGGCUCAAGUCGGGGUACAUACGAGUCAUUUUCAGUGCACCCCUCGGCUCCAGUCCCAGCUUCAAGUUGUUUUGGACGGAGUUGUACCCUCAUAACAUGGCCGAGACGCAGAAAUUGGUUCAGGACGACUCCUGCUCCUUCGUCUGCCCCGGGAGUCAAGGCUGCAUCCCCAGCGAACUGGUUUGCAACGGGUUCGUCAACUGCCCCGGGAACUUUAGUUCCAUCCUCAUGGAUGAGUCCUCUGAACUGUGCAUCACUGGGGGAUUAUUUGCAGUCAGUUGGUGGAUCUUCGUCGUCGCCGGAAGUGGAGCUUUGAUCGUCAUCAUUUGCUCCAUCACCAUAGCCCUCGUCGUUGUUCGCAAAUGCAAAUGAUCCUAUCCAUGGCUAUGAUUUCUUCAGAUGCGUUUAUCAGGCUGUGAUGUUCGUGACGGGUGAGAAGAGAAAUAGACCUGACUUGACAUUGGUCUAGUUUCUUUACAGGAUUGCAUGGCACAAAUAAUUCACAUCUGGUCUGACUCUCAAUCAUGAACCUGUCAGAUUUCUGUCGAGAAAUAUAGUUUGAAAACCACAUUUGCUCAAACAUAAGAUAUUCAAAUUAUAUUGCCCGGUCUGGAGGUAAGCACCGAAU